GCUUUAAAACCCGGAAAACAUUAAAAAAACAUGCCGAGGGAAAUUCAGUGAUGUAACGCGGGGAGUUUUUUAUUUCUUUUUUACAGCCGUAUGAGGGUUUCGAUUAAUCGUUAACGGGUCAAGGAUGCUUUCAAAAGCGCAGGCAUGGCUGUCUGUGUUGCUGUUACACUUCAUGGAGCCGUGUAUAUUUGCCAAAGGGGAAUUCAAUGUGCUGUUCAUCAUAGCUGACGAUCUGAGACCAACUCUGGGCUGCUACUCUGAUCCAGUUGUAAAGUCACCAAACAUUGAUCAGCUCGCCUCUAGAAGUACAGUGUUCUACAACGCCUAUGCGCAGCAAGCAGUAUGUGGCCCAAGCAGGACCUCUUUCCUAACAAGCCGAAGACCAGACACCACCAAACUGUAUGACUUCAACUCAUACUGGAGAGUCAGUGCAGGAAACUACACUACGCUCCCUCAGUACUUCAAAGCGAACGGGUACACAACCUUGUCUGUGGGGAAAGUUUUCCAUCCAGGCAUCGCCUCCAAUCACACGGAUGAUUACCCAUACAGCUGGUCUGUACCGCCGUAUCAUCCACCCUCUUUCAGCUAUGAAAAGAGGAAGGUUUGUAAAAAUAAAGAUGGAACACUUCACAGUAACCUGCUGUGCCCAGUGAACGUGUCCGAGAUGCCUUUGAGAACCCUACCUGAUCUGGAGAACGCUGAAGAGGCCAUAAGGCUGCUAAAGCAGAUGAAAGAGAGCCCCUUCUUUCUAGCAGUGGGCUUCUACAAACCUCACAUUCCCUUCCGAAUCCCACAGGAGUACCUCAAGCUCUAUCCCAUUGAGAACAUGACGUUGGCUCCAGAUCCAGAUGUUCCUAAGAAGCUUCCGGACGUGGCCUACAACCCGUGGACUGACAUUCGGGAGAGAGAGGAUGUCAAGGCUCUGAAUCUUAGCUUUCCAUAUGGACCAAUCCCUAAAGACUUUCAGCUGCGUAUUCGACAGCACUACUUUGCCUCUGUGUCGUAUAUGGAUGCUCAGGUUGGAAGGGUCCUGCAGGCUCUUGAUGAUCUAGAUUUGUCCAAGAAGACCAUUGUAGCGUUCACUUCAGACCAUGGCUGGUCCCUCGGCGAGCACGGGGAAUGGGCCAAGUACAGCAACUUUGAUGUGGCCACCCGUGUGCCAUUAAUAGUGUACAAGCCAGGUGUGACCUCGCCUCUACCUCGGCCUGGAGAGAAGACUUUCUCCUACGUGGACGUGUUUGAAAACACACAGGAGCAGUUUGGCAAAGGCUAUAAGGUGCACAGCAUGGUGGAGCUGGUGGAUGUCUUCCCCACUCUGGCCUCCAUGGCUGGGCUGCCAUUGCUUCACCACUGCCCUGUCCCCUCUUUCAAAGUCCAGCUGUGCACAGAGGGCUUCAGCCUGGCCCGCAUACUUGGCCGCCAAGAGUGGACCAUCAAACACCAGUCCUACGCCUACAGCCAGUACCCGCGGCCCUCCGACACCAUCCAACAAAACUCGGACCUGCCAAACCUGGCUGACAUCCGGGUCAUGGGCUACUCGCUGCGCUCCAACGACUACCGCUACACUCUGUGGGUGAGCUUCGACCCCGUCCACUUUCUGGCCAACCUGACGGACAUUCACGCGGGCGAGCUUUACAUCCUCUCUGAAGAUCCAGGCCAGGACAACAACAUCUUCGAUGAGUUUACUCGGGCCCUGUUAAAGCUCGGUGCUCAGCCCCAAUGGACUGAGAGCCUGAAGCAGCACUUGAUGUAUUUCACCGCAUCCUCAAAAACAAAAUGGACUCUGUGAUCUUUUUUCAUUGUACUGUAGCAAAAAGGGAGAAUUUGAGUGCAUUACUUCUUUUUUUUCUGCUUUGUUACAACGAUCUGAAGCAGUGACACAUUUUGUACCACUUUGCUGUCACGUUGUGUGUUACGCCGUGGUAGAUUUCUCUCAUUUUUGAAAAUGACCUCUAGCACUUUUAUUUUAGUGUUACAAUGAAAACUUAGUUACUGCUUAGAAAAAGGGAACUGCAGGGAAAAAUACCUUGAAAAUACCUCAGAAAUACCUCUUUAAGGUCACAGAAUGGAAAGUGUGCCUUACAUUGUUGAGAGCUGUAAAGUGUGAGAUAGCUUCCUUGUCCAUUUUGUAAUGUUGCCAAACGCAGAGUGAAGUCGAGCAACGAACGAAAGAAAAGGCAAAAUGCGUUUCGAUUAAGCGGCAGAGGGAUGGAAAGCCUUGCUCAGACAACACUUUGAUUUAGCAAUUUAUCAGGUCACUAAGUCGUAAUUGUAUUUUCUCUCGGAGGCCGAUGGAGAUUUUCUCGGAGCUAAACUCUUGUUUUUCGAGGCACUGUGAUGAAAAUCAACUUAAAUAUAGAAUUCCGAGGCGCAGCGGAGUUGCCAAGGCAAUUAGAUGUUUAAAUGUGAAAACUUGCAAAUUACAUUGCUCGGAUACACCUCGGGAGAAUAGUUUAACAAUGAUGAAUGUUUUGGCCGACAUCAAAAAAAAGAAGGGAAAUGAUUAUUCAGGUGUGGCUGUAGCAUCCUACUGUUAAAUUAGCACUGCUUACCGCUUCACACUCAGUCAUCCUGGGCCUCACUCCCUGGACUCUGUUUUUUAAAAGACCUUCCCUCCCCUACCUUAUACCCUCUUUUCAGGUUUUGUUUUCCUCCUUCUCACACUCUCAUGUUGGAUGCCACACUGUUUACUCCCACAAAAUAUAAAUUAUUUUUGAGGGAAACUAUUCAAUAUUUAUGUGGAGUCAAAUAAAUAUAUAUAUUUUUCCUCCAAUCUGGAAAAACACAAAGCGAGUGCAUAGGCUGUGUCUGUAUGCGUCUGUCCUUUUUUUUUUAGUCUCUUUUUUUCCCCCUCCCAAAUAUAUUCUUAUAAAUGUGCAGCACGAGCGUUCUAGUGGGGGUGAUCCUCAGGGAGCGCCAAUGCAUUCGGCUCCAGCAGACAGGCUUCAUUGCCAGCUGGUCCGGAAAAUUCCACUGCUGUCUCUCUCUCUCUCCUUUUUUUUCCCUUUCUUGUCAUCUAAAAGCAAGGUUAGGGCAGUCGGAGAUGGAUCCCAGUGCUGAUUGAAGCUGAUAUUUUAACCGCACGCACAAAAUUAGCUUUGCAUUCGUGUCCUGGAAACUACCAUUACAAGGCUGUAGUUCUUUUUGGAAUGUGGUUUGAAUUUUGUACUAUGUUUCAGGCUCAAUAGCAUCAUUUGAACUCGGUCACAAAUACAAAAAGACCUGUUUUAUGGCAUAAAUAUUUCAUCUAUCUAUCUAUCUAUCUAUCUAUCUAUCUAUCUAUCUAUCUAUCUAUCUAUCUAUCUAUCUAUCUAUCUAUCUAUCUAUCUAUCUAAUGUGGUAUUGUCUGUUACCAUGUUCUUUUAAAUAGGAUUAUGCUGAGGAAGACAAACAUUCAGAGGGAGAGAGAAUUUGACUUGGUGAUGAUAAAUGAUUUGUAUUAACCACA